AUGGAGCAACCUGCACCGAGAACGCCUGCACUUCGUGGUCUACAACAGACUGCAGGUGCGCCAGCAACCAAAGAUGACGAAGACUGGAACCACCACGACCAUCACCACCACCACGUGAAGAAAGUCAAGAAGAUCGCCAUUCCUGUCCCCGUGGAAGUGCCGCAGUACAUCCCUGUCCCGGUCAGUGUUCCGUCCACGGUGGUGGCUAGCUCCAAUACUGCGGUGGUUGCACCUGGAGCACCGGGCGCCCCAGGGGCCCCAGGUGCGCCGGGUGCUCCCGGAUCCCCCAAUGCACCGGGUGCUGCACCUGCUACGCCUGCUCCGACCACUACGCGCGGACGCCCCGCAGCAACCCCAGCUCCCACGUCAGGCAUUGCAGGUGGCGCCAACAACGCUCUCGGUGCUGGACUUGGCGGACUUGGCGGGACCGGUGCCAUUGUGGGCGGGUUUCCUGGAGCCACUGGUGCCUUCGGUGGCAACGCGAUGGGCGGCUUCGGCGCUGGCAGUCCUAUGAACGGUCUUGGCGGCGGUCUCGCUGGCGGCUUUGGCGCUAGGAACCCGAUGGGAGGUCUCGGUGGCGGAAUGCUCGGCGGAGCUGGUGCUGGUAUGAAUGCUGGCGGAUUCAGCGGAAAUGCUGUGGGCGGGCAGCAGAUGGGCUUCGGUGGAGCGCAAGGCAUCAAGCUGGCGCAGGAUUCGGUGGCGGUGCACAGAUGGGUGCUGGCAAUGGUUUUGGAGGAGGUUUCAACUUCAGCCGUCGCCGCUAGCUGA